AUGUCCAAGAAGUCCAUCGACCCUGAAUUCGAGGACUAUGCCCGGCGUUUUACGUCGAUAGAAGACGCGACAGAGAAGCUCAUCAAGGACACCAAAGCCUACACCGAGUCCGUCUCCAAGCUCUUCACACAUGGCGCCCAGUACGCCCAGCACUUCGCCACCGUCUUCCACCCCAUGCAGAGCGAGUACAACUUGGAAGGGAAGCAUCCGGAGGCAGAGCACACAAUUCAGAAUGUCGAUGCAUACGAGGCCGCCCUGCAAGAGCUCAAGUCAGCCCUUGCGCCCGAGCUGGAGCUUAUCGAAAGUCGCAUCCUGGGUCCUGCGAAGGAGCUACAGGGAGUCAUGAAGAUGAUACGGAAGACCAUCACUAAGCGCGAACACAAGUUGACUGACUAUGAUCGAUACAACAACUCAUUGACCAAACUAAGAGACAAGAAGGAGAAGACCCUCAAUGACGAGAAGAAUUUAUUCAAGCUUGAACAAGACUUCGAACAAGCGUCCAAUGACUACGAGUACAUCAACACGACUAUGAAGAACGAACUCCCGCGAUUCAUGGUACAGGCGACACAAUUCGUCGACCCGCUCUUCCAUUCGUUCUUCUACAUGCAGCUUAACAUCUUCUACCUCAUGCUUGAGAAGUUGCACGGCUUCGCAGAUGGCAAAUACGACGUCUCGGUGAGCGGCAACGACAUCGCGGCAGACUACGAGAACAAGCGGACGGACGCGUGGGAGAAGAUUGAAGCACUCGGGCUCACGCAGCGCAUCGUCUCGACAUCGAAAAUGGUCCAAUCGCGACGCGCCGUGUCUGGCGGAGGCCCGACCUCGCUCAGCCGCUCCGCGACCUCUUCCACGACCGGCUCUGCCUCGUCAGCCACGGCCCCAGCCUUCAAGAAGGCGCCGCCGCCCCCGCCCGGCGCGAACUCCACCUACUCCGCACCACCCCCACCCUACUCGCCGUCGGCCUCUGCCGCGUCCAGCGCCGCGGCGGCAAAGCGCGCGCCCCCGCCCCCGCCGCCGCUCAAGCCGAAGCCGAAGGCAGCGGCGUACGUCGUCGCGGUGUACGACUUUGUGCCGCAGGCGGACGGCGACCUUGGCUUCGCGGCGGGGGACCGGAUCGAGCUGGUCGAGCGCACGGACAGCGCGGAGGACUGGUGGACCGGGCGCAUCGGCGACCGGCAGGGUGUGUUCCCUGGGAACUACGUGCAGGAGGCGUGAUGCGCCGCGCCGCGGCUGCUGCUGCCGGAGGUGGUUGGACUUUGACCGGGGUGUUCUUGGUUUAUUAUGGCGGGUGGAAGGCGAAGCGAACAGUACGAGUCUGAAACUAGUAUGAGGGACGUCUAAUAUCUAUCAUGGCGGAAUUUCAUUAUGCGUUCA